AUGGCUCCCGCUGCUACCUCGUCCCGAUCGCACGCCGACCCUCGUGAGCAACAGCUCCAGGUCUCAGGCCAGAACCGCGUCGCCAUCUUUGACAAGCAGGGUGGUCCCGUCUCGGUCAAGGAAGCACCCAUCCAGAAAGAGCUCAAGCGAGGCGAGGCGCUCGUCCGCGUCAUCUACUCUGGUGUCUGCCACACCGACCUGCAUGCCAUGCUCGGUGACUGGCCUUUGGACAACAAACUUCCGCUCGUCGGUGGACAUGAAGGUGCCGGUGUCGUCGUCGCCCUCGGUGAAGGUGCUGACCAGUACGUCAAGGUCGGUGACCGUGUAGGUAUCAAGUGGAUCGCCACUUCGUGCCUCAACUGCUCCUUCUGCAGGACGGGUGCCGAACCCAACUGCCCACACGCGCAGUGCUCUGGUUUCAGCGUCGACGGUUCCUUCCAAAAGUACGCCGUUUCGUAUGCCAACCACCUUUCGAUCAUCCCGGACGAUCUUCCUCUCGACCAGGCCGCUCCUAUUCUUUGUGCUGGUGUCACAGUGUACAAGGCUCUCAAGGAAGCUCAGCUGAAUCCUGGUCAGUGGGUCGCCAUUCCCGGUGCUGGUGGUGGACUGGGACACUUGGCCAUCCAGUACGCCGUCGCUGCCGGCUACCGUGUCAUCGCCAUUGACACGGGUGCGGACAAGAAGCAGCUCUGCGAAUCGCUGGGCGCUGAACGUUUCAUCGACUUUAAGACGUCCAAAAACCUUGUUGACGAUAUCAAGGCGGCCACGCCUGACGGAUUCGGUCCUCAGGCGGCUGUGGUUGCUGCCUCUGGUGCUGCCGCUUACGAACAGGCGCUCGACUACAUUCGCCCGCGUGGUGUCCUGGUAGCCGUCGGCUUGCCCGGCCAGGCCGACAUCAAGGCCAACGUCUUCUUCACCGUCUUCCGCUCGGUUCGUAUCGUCGGCUCCUACGUCGGUAACCGACAGGACGCCCAGGAGGCGCUCGACAUCGCAGCUGCCGGCAAGGUCAGGACUCACUUCAGGACGCUCGGUCUCUCGCAGCUCCCACAAGUCUACGAUGACAUGCAGAGCGGUAAGAUCGCUGGCCGUAUCGUGCUCGACAUCGACCAGUAA